UCUGUUUUCAAACAGAGAUUUUUCAUGUUUUAGUGAAAACUUUUAGUGGUAUGGUGGCAGAAUGUGGAAAAUGAUGUCUUCCCUGGAAAAGGAAGAGUUUUGGCAUUACUGGACCAUAACUGGAGAUAAACAGAGCUUGAGAUAACCAAAACAGGUGCUGAUGAAGGAACAGAAAUUGCGAAGUCUGAUUCACUUGGCAAAGAAACACUCUUCUCAUAUACAUAGUUUUGCUCAUCACUGCUUUGAAGUAGCACAAACAUGGGAUGAUCAGAGCAUAUGGCUGCAACAGUAUGUGCACUGCAGAGACAGGAGAUGGUCUUGUUACAAAGCAGAAAAGGAAUUAGAAGAUGCAAGCAGACCUGAUGGACAAGUAAACAGUGCUGGAGAAGAGAAUUUGAACCUCAGAAUAAAAGAACUGGAAAACUCAGAGCAAAAACUGAAAGGUACUCUAGAGUUGGAUUCUUUCCUAAGAAACAGGAUGAAAGAGCUGGAGCUGUCACACAGAACAAUUCUUGUGAUGAUUGAUCAACUAAAUGGGAAGCUGCAGCGAGUUGAAAAUGCAAAUUUGCGUGUUAAAGGGAAACUGCAAGACAUUCAGGAGGACCUGGUCAACUUGGUUGAAAACCUAGAAAAGUCAGAGAGGAGGAAAAAGGAAAAAUUACAUUGGCUUCAGGAGCAGCUGAAGACAAAAGGAGAUGAAAUAAAAAGCCAGUCAGAGUAUUUUGAGCACUACAAACAAAGGCAGAGGCAACAGACAGCAGCAUUGAGACAAAGGGAAUGUUCCCUUCAGAGUGAGGUAUCUAGGCUGGAAAAGCAAGUCCUAGAUCUUAAUGCCCAUAUUGCUCUUUUGACAUCCAAGUUAGAAGAGGGAAUGGUGCAGUAUCUCCAAGGGAAGCUGGAAUCAGCAUUCAGUGGGACUGGGGUCUCUAAAUGCUGUGAUGUGGAAGUAACGGAAUUGAAAACUUGCAUUGAAAAUAUGGAGCAGGACGUGAAAAGCCACCUUGAUGCAUUUCAGCAAAAUCUGAAGUUGUUAAGGGAAAAAGAGGAGGACAAAAGAAGAAAACAGGCAGACCUGCUGACUGAACUCCAAUGCUCCCAGGACAGUGAAGACUUUCUCAGAAGAAAAUUGGAAGAAUCUUGCCAUCAUGUUUAUAAUCUGAAAUUAUCUGAAAUCAAACUACAGGAAAAAGUGGAAGACCUUUUGAAUGAAAAUAGGGCUUUAAAAGAUCAAGGUAGGGCGAGAUUGAAAAAGAAGAAAAGAAAGGACUCGAAACAUACAGUAUUGCAGAUUGGAGACAACAGUGUUGACACGAAUGGAGAACUAGUCCAGGAUGAUGUUCAGAAUCUGAAAUGGGGAGCAGUCUUGGAUCCACUCACAAGCAGAGCUACUCAAACUCCAGUUGUGUUGCCAUGUGCUAAAGAGUCUGUGGCAUUUGCAGUUGUCCAGUGCUUUACCAUAGCAGAAACACCAGGAUGUAGCUGUGAUGGGCUGAAGCGGAUGGAGGAGCUAACAGAUAAACUUCUACCAAUUCUGGAACACAAAUCUGGUGCCUUUGCAAAAAUUGCGGGUCUAGCUGAGAUUGAGCAGCAGGUCGUUAUUGGAACAAAAAGGACAAGUGUUCUAGAAGAUAUUUUCAUUUUGGUUAGAUGUACCCCAAGUCAUCCCGCAGCAGAACUGCUUCCCCCUUGCUCUGAGAAGUUAACUAAGUAUGAGACAAGUAAGGAAACCACAGAUGAAACAAACUCUUCUCUCUUGAAUAAACAAGCUAUAAAUCUACUAGCAAAGACAUUCCCUGUUUCUAUGGUUGAAGUUUUGAUGAGGAAUAAGCCUCAGCUUACCCUGUUAGAACCUGAAGGCUACCACUUAUUAGCUGUCACCACUGUGAAGGAAGUGGGUGACUCUGAGGCAAAUACCAGUCGCCACUCUGAUGACUUCUGUCUUGUUGCACAAGGGGGAAUUUCUGACAAAGCUUCUGUGCUUUCUUGUGGAAAGAUGCCUUGCACUGUGACUGAAAAUAUUACAUCAUCUCUAGAAAAAUGCAACAUGGAAAUACAUUGGGAAAACAAUAAAAACCUGCCAAAAAGCAUGAGUGAAUAUAAAUGUCUGGAUAAAGUUGUUGAUGAUGGAAAGUAUCAUCAGAAAACCUUUAGAGGGCGACCUUAUAGAGAAGAAAUACAGAAUGAGAAAGCCCAACUGCAGGAAGUGACCAAUAUUCCUGAGGAAAGUUCUAAAGCUUUAAAUAUAACUAAAUUGAUCAUGCCUGUUAAACAAAGAAUGAAAGCCACAGACAGCCUAGGUAGCCCACAGGAGGUCCAAAAUUUAUCCGUUGGUUUUAAAGAUUUAAAGAAGCAUUGUGAAGGGAACCCUGAACUAAUGGAGCGACAUGGGAACCACUUAGAAAUCUGCAUCUCUGAUGUGAUUAGGGUACAUAAUGGAGAAGACGUAAUCAAAAUGGAGGAGAAAGGAGAGCAAGCUCAGAAACCAAUUCGUCAAACAAAACCUUCCAACAAUAUUGGCCUGAAAGAAAAGAAAGACCAGACCCUGAAACUGCAUGAACCAAACAAUCAUUCCUCUUGUCAAAAGACAGCAGCUGAAAACACGCACGAUGCAUACUCUCAUAAAUUUUUUUGGUCAGAGGAAAGGACGAAUUGGCUAAAUAUAUUGUCUCCUGUGCAGGAGAGGGUUGUGUGCUUGAGCAAACUAUUCCUGCCAGGGACCAAUUUUUAUAAGUGUUUCUGUCAUCUGUUACAACUGGAAGCUGGUAAUGAACUUAAUGAGAAAAUAUAUGCACUGGAAAAAGCGAUGACUUUGUAUCCUCAGAGGAUAUUUCUACUGACACAAGAGAAUAAAAAAUACCCCAAAAACCUCUGUAUAUUACAACAGGAGAACGAGAGAGAUGCUCAGAUGAUGUGUGGACUGGAAGAGGAGAUGGAUGCAUUUUUUCAAUAUGCUUUAACAGUAGAUAAAGCUAAAAUUUUUUCAUUCCAAAACUUACUGAAUGAGAAGGAAGUUGCCGGUGGAUGUUAUAAUAACUUCUCAGAAGAAAACACCAUGAGCCCAGGAACAUUUUUUGUUGAAACCUUCUCUAAGAACUUCUCAUGCAUCAAAGAGAAAAAUGGGAAUUCUGAAAAGGACUCACUGACAAUUGCAUCAAAUAAACUUCCCAGGAGACAUUUAUCCCUGGAUGGAAGGAAAAUGAGAUAUUUCCAGCUGCUUUCAGACCUGCAAGAAGAAAGAAGCAGAUGCCUCAAAGAAAUAGCUAAAUUAUUACAAGAAAAGAAAAACUAUGUAGCAAAAUAUAAUGAAUUAAUACAAGAGAGAGAGAAAAAUUUACAAAAAAUAUCUCUUCUGGAAGUUGAAAAAGAAACUUUAUCGGGGUGUUUGGCAGAGGUAAAGUGUGAACGAGACAAAUAUAAGACCUUGGUUUCAGAACUUCAAGAGUGCAAAACCAGCUGUUAUCAAUCUAUUUCUGAUUUACAGGAGAAAAAAUGUAAACUGAAAAGAGGAAUAAAAAUGGAAGAAACUUCAGAACAGCUUGAUGAAUUUCAGAAAGCAAAUACAAACUUUAUUUUAGAAAAUAGCAACUGGAAAGGAUUAAUGUCUUCAUUGGGUUUCACCUCUGAAGAACUGAGGAAAGAUGAAAGUUUGAGAACAAAGGAAAAGAUAGUAAAACUGAAAGAAGAAAGUCAACAAAGAGGCCUUAAGCCAAAGAAUGUUGAAAAAGCAUGUAGUUUAACUCAGACCGAAGAAGCAGGUGUUCUGGUUAUCAACCCCUCAAACUAUUUCGCUGGAAAAGAGGGUGGCACAUUUGAAAGCUACAGCAUGAUGAAAAAGCAAGUUGAAAAGGCAAAAGAGGAACUAAAAAUACAGCAAAAGGAAUUAGAAAAAUCAAAAAAAGAGGCUCAGAAGUGGUACAGAGAACUUGGCAUUGCUGAAGCAAGAUAUGAAGAAACCAAAACUCGUUUGGCACAGGCUCUGUCAGAAUUAGACCAACAAGAAGUUGGGAACAAAAUACUUGGAAAGCAGCACUGCAAAAUAAUGCCUGUGUACACUGUGAAAGAUGGCCAAGAAAUAGAGGAGAAUAAAAUAGCCUAUAAGAGAUUACAGCAGCAAGUGCUGACCAUGAAAGCCCAGCUCAGGGACCAGGCGGCAUUACAAAAUCGGUUUCAUGACUUGCAGAAUGAAGUGGAACUCCUUCAGACUCAGCUAUGUGAAAAGGAAAAAGAACUCCAGAAGAGAAAGUCUGAAGCAGAGCUGAUGUUAGCUCCUCUGAAGGCUAAGCUGGCUUGCCUUACCCGAAUGUGCCAGGAAAGGAACAGCUUCAUUACCAGGAUGCUCGGUGAAUUUCACAGGCGAGGAAUUAUUAACUCUGCAUUUGAUGAAGAGGUGAAAAACUUGGUGAAUGACAUGGUCCUGGCAGAGUACAGUGUCACUUUUACACCAAUGUGUGAUCAAGAGAUGCAGUCUUCUUCCACAAAAAUUUCACAGGCCAAUGGACAGCCAGAAGAUCAUGAGACGUAUGUCAAAAUGAAUGGGAUGACUAAGCCAAUACCUGCAAAGUCUCAGCAAGAGGUGGAUAGCAUUCCCAGCUCUCACUUCAUUCCAAACAUGUAUGUUACUUCUCCUAUAAAAUUAACAAGCCCAGGGAGAAUCAUAGCCUUGCAUCAAGAACUAAGACAAAACCAUCACAAAAAUUGCCAGAUACCUUCAGUUGUCUCCUCCAACUCAAAUCUGAAGGCUGACUGCAACCUGCCUGUGAUCCAUGAGGAAGCCCCUUGGCCUCUGCUGUCAAGGAUGAAGAAUGCACCGGUGCCUCCGGAGCGUAGUGCUUUCUGGGCCACGAAGGAGAGGGAUCAGUUGUCGAAAUGUGAUGAUGUAUUUUGGGGUCAAAUAGGAAAUCAGCAUGCAGGUGCUAUUCCCCAGGGAAUGAAACAGAAAAAUGCCAUUAUGAAUAAGGCAUGGCUCUCUAGAGAAAAAACAGAUGGCUCAACCUCAGCUACCACAGCAAAAAGCUAUUUGUCAGACGUGUUGUCAGCAAGUAAUAAAGGUUGAAAUCCUGUGGGGAGAAAUCAGCUGCACAGGAAAGAAUAAAACCUGCAGAAAUAAAACAAGGGAUGACUGUGCCAGUUGGUUUUGUCUACACCAUUAAACAGCAGGGAAAGGCAGUCUGGUGGUUGGUUCAGAGAGAUGAUAAAUUAGGAUGUUGGAAUAUGACUUUCAUUGCAGAAUACAAGACUGUCUUAGAAAACUCAUGCUCUCUGUGUACAUUUCUGUACAUUUCUGGCUUGGUUUUGGGGAAGACAAGUGUCCGGUGCAGCUGUAGGAGAGAAGUCCCAUGAUUUGAAGCUCAGUCUUGAUCUGAAAAGCAGAGUCCUGUUGCCAGCUCUUGUAAGGAGAGAAUGUAUCAGUCACACAGAAGAAGCAGUAGUGCUCUGGAGGAAUGCUGAAAGGCGCUUUGACCUGGUGCUGACCACAGCAGCUUCAUUAUGGGAGAACCUGAAAAUUUGCCCUGAGUUGCUAUCUGCCAUGUUUUAGCCACAUCCUGAAGCAGAAGCUGGCCAUGUGGGCCAGCCUAAGGGGCGGUUUGGGGUUUUGUUCUGUUUUGGUUUCUUGGGAUCUCAGCAUUUGCGUUUUAUAGAAAUCAUCAAGUUAAGCACAGAUAUCAGUCUUCAUGGGUCUGCUCAUGUGGGUGGGUAUGUAAUAUCUUCAGCCUCAUAUGACCUUGAGCAUUUUUGAAAGAGGCUUUGAUCUGAGUUAGGAUGUUUAGUAUUUCUGAAGAUGUCCUACUUGGAGGUACAAAUUGUCUAGAAAAUGAGAUAGAGCUGCAUUUUUACAAAGGUAAGUAGGAGUUGGGAAUGUACUCCAUGUGCACUGAGAGGCAUUUAGAAGAUCAAAGUGCUGUGUCCUAGUACUCUAGACCAAUUAUUUCAACCACAAGAACAGGCCGCAUUGAGUUGAAUUUUUGGAUAAGGUAUUUGUGUUCAUACAUGCUUUCCCUGAAAUAGGUGGUUUUGUGCACACUGGUUGGUAAUAGUACAUGUGGUGCAAACACAUUUUGCAAGCGCAGUGUACAACACAGAGUUAUGCACCCAUAGCCCCUACUAUUAGUACCUGAGUACUUGUUUGUGAAGGGAGGGAGAUGUGAAUGUAGGCACGAGACUUGUGCAUAAGGGAUUGUAAGGGUACACCCAUUCCUUCUUUAACUAAAGCCACAUAGCACCAUUAAAGUCAGUGGCGAUAUUUAUGUAUGCCUGUGUGGGAGCAGCUGUGGGUACUGCUCUCUAACUGUUUCAUAAGUUGUAUUUCCUUUUUUCUAAAAAAAAAUAUGUUGAGAUAACUGCUAGAAUGUGCUGUCUUUACAAUGCUUAGUCGCCCAGUAAUUCCAGACAUCUUUGGAAGGAGGCAGAAGGAUAAUAAACUGUGGAAUCCCAAAUCAGACUAAUGUAAUUUCUAGAUUAUGAUUAGCAACAAGAUGACACGUUGGCAUGGUAACACUUGAAGCUUAACUACAAGUUCUUAAAAUAAAGCAAUGACAUAUUUGCAGGUUUCUAUCCAUUUGCAUACUAUCCACCUGAAAAAAUACAUAAUUUCCACAACACUCAAGCUAUUAAACUCUACGUCUUACUUUUGAAUUGUGUUGAACUAAAACAUUAUGCCUCUUUCCUAGUAUUUAUGCAUUAUCUUCCACCAUAAAUUAUGAAUGUUGAUAAUGAACGUGUCCAUUUUGUAACAUCUUAGACUUUCUGCCAUUUGUUUUAAUUUUAAAAUGAUUAGCAUAAGGAACGUAGAACAUUCAUUCUUUGUGGUUUGUACCGCAUUGAUCUCCUUUAAAUUUUACGACCUCCUAAUAUGAAAAUUGUCUCACCAAUAUUGGAAAAGCCCAUUUAGUAACUAAAUAGAUGGAUAGCAUUUCAUGUAGCUGAGGAUUGGGAAUUAAAAUCCCAACUUUACCUCAAAUCAUUGCAAGAAAGCAGUAAAGUUUUAUGUGAAAUUACUAGCUGAGACAGAGAGGCUAGCUAUUAUUUUCUAGUUGCCUUAUGGUGAAGAGAAUAGUUUUGUCUAGUUGUUACAGUCUGUUCAGCCUUUCACUAAGCGUACGUUAACUUGUUUAAUGUGCUAUCUAUGGUAAAUGUGCCAGAGGACAUUUUAGGAGUUUUUGUUUUGUGUUAAACUUUCUCAGAAUGCAAAAUUGGGCACUUUGUUCUGCUUGCUUUAUAUGCACAAUAUUGCUUUGACCAAAUUCCUUACAGUCAAAAUUAAGAUGCUGCUAAGUUCUGCGGAAUUAAAUACAAUCUUCUCCUGUCACCCUAAAUAGACAAAAUGGGCAGUGUUACAUGGAAAAUAUGGUUUCUUUGACAGUUCACUUAUUUAUAUAUACUCUACAAUACAGAACAUGGCACGAUAUUGAAAAUAUGGCUUACAGUAUUUCUACAGCUCCUUACGCAACCUUUAAAUCCCGAAUUCUGUUCAUGACGCCACUAUGGAUGGCAAAUGCUGGAAAUACAGUGAUUAUCUCUGGCAUGAUAAUCAUGUUACAUUCAGAAUAAUACAAUUGCCUGGAAAUAUUUCACAUACACAGCAGUGUUCCCAGGAUAAACCUCCUGCUAAGGCAUGGCUGAUGUUUGUCCUUGUGGCAUUUUAAAAAGUGGAAACCCUGAUCUGUGUUUCAUAAAUCUGCCUGUAUUUCUCACUUGCAGAUGAAGGAUUUCAGUGGUUGUCGGGUGGAUGGGGGGAGGGACAUGUGCAUGCUGGGUUUUGCUACUAAUCCUUUGGAAAUCCUUUAGUGCCUUAAGGAGGCAGAAGGGGAACAGACCUUAGGAUUACAGAAACUUGUUCAAACCUCUGUCUUGCUUUAGCAGAAUUCCCUUAAAAUAUACUGUGCCUUUGGCUCCAAACAUACUUGCAUUAUAAAUCAGUAGCCAUGGGAUUAUGGACAGGAAUUUCUGUUCCUCCACAAAUGUUAGGGAUGAAAGUAUACUGUUUCUUACAUAGGAUGUGCAUUAAAAAGAUAGCUAACUUAAGUUCUGCCAUUGAAAUCCAUGCAUAAACCAUUAUUUGACAAGUAGGAAAGUUUCAAGUUGCAGGUAAAGCAAGAAAAAAAAAACAAGAGAAAAUUUAAAUGUGCUGGAUGAAAUGGUUGUGCUGUUGAAGUGACUAGGAAAAUUUCCACUGGCUUCCCUGAGACCAAGAUUUCAUGCUUGCUUCUGCUUGGCUCAAGAAAUGCUCACACAUGAUAGAUACUUAAGCAUCAUGCUUUAACGUUUUCUAUGUACAUAGGGCAGGAAAAGAGAUUAUGUAGAUGUGGAGACCUGCCUCGAUUUGGAGUUAUUUGGACCUGUGGUAUAAAUUUCUUCACUAUUGUUUCUCUGUGUAACAUAGACUCUUGCUAAGGGACUAUGAAUAUGCAAACGUGAAUUCCCAUGUAAGAGGUUACUGCGCUGUAUGCACUAAACAAUGCUGAAAAACUACAUUUCUUUACUCUCUGAAUUAUGGGUUUGCCUCUUUUAAAUGUAAAAUAAAGGGGAAAUGUAGUUAAAAGGUGAAAAAUACUCUUGUGCAAAAAAAAAAAAAAAGCCUAUAUGUGAGUCAAUUCAUAUACUCACUGAUGGUCCUAAGUAGAUCUUAAGAAUAAGUUGAAUAAGCUUUUAGCUCAUGAAGGAAAUUUGCGUUUUAGGAAUUAAGAGCAGUGUGUUGGUACAGAGCUACCAAAAAAAAAGGCAAAACAAUGAGGACUUGAAAAUCAGAGUGGUGGUAGUCUUCUAUUUUUCCCCCUGUGAAGACAAGCAAGUUUUAAAGAAUAGGUAAAUAGUUCAAAGAAAAUCAUUACACGGCUCACAGUGUAUAAGACAAGACCCAGCAAGGAACAGAUUUUUUAUAGCUUGUUUAUAAAUUACACUUCUGUCUUUUGCUUGGAACUUGGAAAAAGAAACCAUGUAAAUUAAAUGAGGAGUAAAAACUUACUGCACACAUUUGUUUGACUAAAACAAAGGUAUUUCCUUACCUCCUGAGGAAUAAAUGAGAAAUCUGGGAUGAAUGGUGUAUGGAGAUCUUGUAUUUUGAGCUCCAGUGCUGUGCAGCUAUAUAAGUUUUUUGUGCAGCCAACAGUGGGGUGGCAAUUGGAAGUCAUGAAGUGCAGUUGUUAGCACCACAAAUUGGGAUCCACUUGAAGAGGUGCCAAAGAAUGCACAAAAAGGCUGAGGUUUUGGUGUGAUACUUAUUAAUCAGGUGUGCCAGCUUAUCUGCAUAGGGAGGGAGGGGAUGAUGGUAAAUAAAUGCAAAAAUUUUAAACUCUGACCCAUGACCACCCUGUAACUGGGUGUCAAAUUGGUCUGAGCUAAGUGAGAAGCUUCAAUAGUAGGAGAGAGGCCACUCUCGUUUUGGUCUGUUCCAUUAAAACUUUAUGAAUAACUUUCAGCAAAAUUUCCACUAUUAAGACAUUUGUCAUAGAUAUCAACUGUACAUAUGUAUUAAUUUUCAGUGUAACUAGGGAGAAUACAGAAUUGUAAUGAAGUCACAAAGUCUACUUGAUGAUUAUCACAGAUUUGUAUCUCUCACUUAAAUUAUGUAAGAUACAUUGACAUUUUAUCUUGUUAACAAGAUGUAUUUUUCUAUGUUAGUUAAAUGUAUAAUUUGUAUAAUUUUGUAUAUUAAAUGUAUGCAUAUUUUAAAUUAAAAACUUUAUAAUUUUAA